GCACCUCUACAUCAUACUAAAGGUUAAUUUAAAGGUGAACAACCCCUUUCAAGGUUCUGCCACUAAUUCUACUUUGUAUCUUUGUGCAGCAGAAGAAACAUAAGAGACCUUCAGUGAUUGGUCCUUUUGUAUUCGUGAUGCUGAUGCUGAUUGGGCUACUCCCUUGUUGUGAGACCACAUCAGCUGUGAAACGCAUCACGUUAUUCAGGCACAAAAUCGCACUUAAGGCUGGUACUCGGAGUCUACUUCCCUGCAUGUUCUACUCCGACAGUGCACUUAAUCCAGCCGAACUUGAAUUAGAAUGGGGGAAGGUUCCUGUAGGUGGAGGGAAGUACACCACUUUAAUCCACCUUAACAGCAGCAGUGUUAAGACCUUCCAUGAGAACAGUGAGAAAUACCAGCUCUUUGUCUCUCUGGUGCCAAGUGGGAACUGUACUCUGAUUAUCAAUCCCACAGAAGACACGGACAGUGGAACAUAUGAAUUCUGGAUGUCGGUGAAUAAGGAACUGUAUGAACCCUCUUCCAAGAUCAAAGUUGACAUUUUAGAUGAAAAGAAAACUUCUUCUCAAUCACGGGCAUUUUGGUCCAAGAAAACUACAACCGCUCCAACUAUUACAACUACUAAAACCACUCCAAUGACUAAAACCACUAGAACAACUACAACUACUAGAACUACUACCACCACUCCAACUAGUAGAACUACUGUAAGAACCAGCACAAAGCCGCCAGCUACAGACAGCAGUGAUAACACCAUGAGCGCGGUACCUGUAGCGCUGCUCAUUGUCCUACCAGCGCUUGUGCCAGCCAUAGUCAUUUUAGGACUUGUAAGUUAUCUGUAUUGCAAAUUGAAGUUUAAACGUGAAUCUGUGGAUGUAGAAAACCCACAAGUGAGCACCCCAGCAACAGAGUCUCAGAGUGCAACAACUCUUGAAGUUGAGGAGGAAAUUGAUGAAGAGGAAACUAGUAAAGAGGAAACUAGUGAAGAAGAGGAAACUAGUAAAGAGGAAACUAGUGAAGAAGAGGAAACUAGUGAAGAAGAGGAAACUAGUGAAGAAGAGGGAACUAAUGAGGAUGGCAAUGAGAAGUGAUCUCUUAAAGAGAAGCCAAGUGAAGACAAUGAAAAAGAAUAUGAAUUGUUGUCUCCAGAACCAGGAGUGGAAUAACGGGGUACCAUGCCCACAUCGGUUCAUCUGGUGAUGUAGAGAAGCCUGCUCCAGUGAACUGACAGCGUAUGGGCAUGGUACCUACAUUGUACAGGCCACAAAGGGUGGCAAAUGUGUAGGACCGCAUCAUAAGAAAGAAGGGAGCUGCACAGAAUUGGGGGAGAUUUAAAUCGCUGUCAAAUCUUCCUACCAAAUGCGGCUCCCUUUGGUGCGGGGGUGGGUUAGGGGCAUACGUGUACGUAUAGAUACUUGUGUAGAUCUUCAUAGCACUAUAGUGGUGCUAGAGCUGUAUCUAUUUAAAUGAAAAUAAAAAAAUAAAAUGUAAAAAAUAAAACUUUUGCCCCUGUCAUUUAAAGGUUUUUUUUUUAGUGGACGCUGAGAUGUGUUCAAUAAU